UCUCUGACCCUCCCCUUAUCCAUUGUCCCCCUAUUAUCUGUUGAUAAGACAUUGUUGUGUGGAGUCACUCUGUACAUGCUCAGUUUGGUAUGUAUUGCGAAAGGGUUUUUUUUUUUUUUUUUCCUCUUGGGAGAGUGCAUGUGAUCAGCACUGUCCAGACAGAGGUCAGGUGUCCUGCAAGCUGUAACGUGCUCGGCUGGACACUGAUAGAAGUCACAAGACUGCUCUAACUGAUGACAAAAGGUAUUUAGCAGUUUAUAUUUACUAAAAUAAUUGCAUUUCCAUG